CUGUUACUCGUACUCCGUACCUGUUGAUGAGUGUAUUGCAUCAUCCAUCUCUAACGUUUUGAGAGGCUGCAUCUCAAGAAUCUCAAAUACUGUUUUUGGGUGAGCUUACCGAACAAAAGUCUUUAGUUUUCUUUCCCAUCAACCCCUCAUCUCAUUACUUGAGCGCCUGUAUAUAUAUUCCCUACCCUUCUCGUCCUCAAGUGUUAUGCUCAUUCCCAUAUUGAAACGUAGACUCUACACUCUCAGCAAAGCAACUUCUCGCCUCCACUUAUCACCACCACCACCCACACCAACGAAACUGCGGGGUCCGAUUACAACGACAACAACAACGACAAUAAACACUUUCUCGACUUUUUCAUCACCGUCCCGAAGGCCAACUCGUACGAAUCUUUUGAAAAAGUCGAUGCCAAGUUUACCAUUCCUUGGGAGUUUUUUCAGUUCGUCACCAAAGGAAAAAAUGUCAUACCCGGAUGGUCGAUCAGAUGAUGAAUGGAGGGCAGUGUUGAAUAAAGAUCAAUUCCGUGUCAUACGCGAAAAGGGUACCGAAGCACCUUUUACCGGAGAAUACGACAAACACAUGCCGUCCGCCGGUGUCUACACUUGCGCCGCUUGCGACGCACCCCUUUACAAGGCCAACCACAAGUUCAAGUCCGGUUGCGGGUGGCCGGCCUACUUUGACAGCAUCCCCGGUGCCGUGACCAGGCACACCGACAGCAGUUUCGGCAUGGAACGGACCGAGAUCGUCUGUAGCAACUGCGGUGGUCAUCUGGGUCACGUCUUCAAGGGGGAAGGCUACCCCACCCCGACCGACGAGAGGCACUGCGUCAACAGUAUCAGCCUCAAGUUUCACGACAAGGAAGGCGACGGUCAGAAGACGGCGGGCAAUGGAGAGGCAAAGUAAAAAGAAUCAAAAUACACCACACAAAAAGAGAUGCGAUAACUGAGAGGAUGGAUGGGUAAGGCCGAGGAUGGGAAUGGGGACGGGCACGUAAUAUGUGUCAUGUGUGCUUUAUAAAUGUUGAAACUGGCGAGACACAAACGGGUCUUGUGUUGUACGUUACCGUCUAAACACAAAAACAAAAUCCUACGAGUGAUGAGAAUCUACUCAGUAGACAAUGUGCAAAUUCAAAAACAGGUCUACCAAUCGACG